AUGCUGCCUUUGAUGAUGAGAGAGUUCAUGCUGCUGCUGCUGCUAUCCGUAAGCCAGGCUGCUCCCAAGGAUGGAGCCACAAGGUCUAAUCCUGAAGCGCUGCAGCAACCCCUGCCCAACCCCUUUGUGCCAGGCCAAGAGCAGCUUCGACUUCUGCAGAGCUAUUUGAAAGGACUAGAGAGAAUGGAAGAGGAGCCUGGGCACAUGAACCGGGAACAGGUUCUCCUCUACCUCUUUGCCCUCCAUGACUACGACCAGAGUGGACAGCUGGAUGGUCUGGAGCUGUUGUCCAUGUUGACAGCAGCUCUGGCCCCUGGAGCUACUGACUCUUCUCCCACCAAUCCAGUGAUCCUGGUAGUGGACAAGGUGCUCGAGACCCAGGACCUGAAUGGGGAUGGGCUCAUGACACCUGCAGAGCUCAUCAACUUCCCAGGAGAGACCCCCAGACACCAGGAGCUGCACGAUAUUGGAAGGCAGCCCCUGUUACCUAGAAGCCCAUUAGGACAAGAAGCACCAGAAGCUCCAAGUCUCAGAGAAGCUGGGGAACAGAUCGAGGCCAGAAGGGUGUCCUUGGAGGCUGGGGGACUAGCAAAGGCUGAAGUAGGAGCUCUGGGUCCUAGAGAAGAGGCUGGGGGACCGGCAGAGGUUGGAGAAGGCCCAGGUCCCAAAGGGGAGGCUGGGGAACAGGCGGAAGCCAGGGACACUGCAGAAGAAGCAGAAGAGCUUCCAGGGGAAACGCUGGAGUCUCAGCACACCCCACAGGAGUUUGAGGACCACUCUAUCCAGCUGGAGAAUGAUGAGAUAUAA